CACGAUUCCAAGAUGGCGGAUCAGGAAGAACAAGAAUUCACUACUUCAAAGCGAGCUCGUUGGUCAUCAGAGAGUUCUUGCGAUCAGAAUACUAGCUUUGUAGACACUAUAGAUCAAAGAGAAUCAAACGAGGGUUCUCUUUUACGUCUAAUUGAGUCUGAACAAAAUUAUUUGGUCGAAAGUCAACCGUCGGAAAUAGAAUUACGUGAACAACAUGGCGUCCAUGUAUCAUCGGAUAGACUCGAAAGCGACGAUUUCCCGACCUGUUUUAGCGUCGAAGACGACUUAGAUGAUAUAGAUGAACACCAUUUUCAACCAAUAGCAGGUAAUAAGAAAUUUUGUGCCCUGAAAUCACUAUGAAUGUUAGCAUUUACUACUAUCGGGUGUCCGCCAUUUUGUUUUAAAUUGUUUUAAGGUGAACAAUGACAAUUUUAUGGCUGAACUUUAUCCCUUCUAGCUUAAUUCCCUUCAAAUACCAUAUUUUCUAUCAAAGAAAAGGUGUUGUGCAACGAUAUCUAAACAUAAUAACCAGGCCAGCCACAACAUGAAGUACACACCCAACCACUCUAGUCUGCUACUCAGCCAUUUUUAGUGUCUUCAUGCAACUUGCCUCCCCACAAGCGGCUGCUGAGAAUCGAACCACACUCCUUUCACUUUGUAUUUGUGGUCUAAAGAACAAACCAAUCAUGGAUAAGAACCUGACAAUACAUGAACUGCAGGGCACUAGGAAGGGAAAAUGCUUCUCAAUUUUCGACAAAUCAAUCAAUCGUCGCUAAAUUUGGGUGGGCUGUGAGUCUGCAAGCAACAAAAAGGUUAGUUUGCAGAAAAGUUUGUUUUAAGCGGUUAGCAAAGGUCCAAGUGAAAAAAAAAGUUUGAUAGGCCCACAAGACUCUUACCAGGAUCUCAUAAAUUUUGACUAGGACUUGACUAUGACAACACUACUCUAGUUGGUUACUUGUUUUCACGGGAAGAUUUUGAUUGUUCUGUCAUUCACACAUGGGGCACCAAUAGAGGCAAAGCUGCCCUGCAAACGUGGCGCAAACACCUUCCAGAAAACGGAAGCUGGAUUCUAAUUGGUUAACUGCAGGAAAGGAAUGUGGUUCAAUUCUCAGAAGCUGUUUGUGGGGAGGAGCGUUGCAUGACGACACUAAAAGUGGCUGUGUAGCAGACUACAACCACCCCUCCCCCUCCAUAAUUCUUCAUGCAAGGUCCCAUAUACUCCUCUGCAGAAUUCAUGCAGGGAAAAAAAACAGCAACCUUUUUGGAGACUGUUAUUUUUACACUCAUAAAAAGAUCUCAAAUAAAUAUAUGCAAAUGUUUUACAUGGGUAAAAUUCAUUUUUCAGGUUAAAAAAAAUCAGCAUUUCUUUGUCUCCUACAUGUAUGAAUAAUUUAUCAGGGCGAGGACAAGGAAAAGGAUAAAAGUUGGAUGAAUUCUGGGUUAUCCUGAGAACAGAUUUUACCUACAAUAUAAUUGCCUCAUAAACAGAGGAUAUUACAUGGCCGUGCGGAGAUAUGAAAUUUCUCUUCGAGUGUUGAAAAAUAUUUCCCGAGUGAGUGUAGCGAACGAGUGAAAUAUUUUUUCAACACGAGAAGAGAAAUUUCGUAUCUCCAAGCAGCCAUGUAACGUUCUAUUUAUUAUGUAAACACCAAUGAACUACCAAACCAUUUCACUUUGAUAGUUUUUUGGUGUGAAAGGCGCAAUUUAUUAUAUAGCCAUAGCAACGGUGAUAUUCUCACAUGUGAAGAUAUCAAUUUUUCGCGCGAAAGCUCACCUGGUAUUUCAUUGGUGUUUAUAUGAUAAUAGCCCUUAUCAACUUUCACUAAGUGCAGGUUUUUCUUUUGAAGUUUUGAAGUAGACGGAGGCUUCUGUAACGUAGCCAGCAGGAAAGACCCACCCCUUUGGAGGGGCUCAAGGGGCAUGCACCAUCAGAAAAUGUUGAAAACUUGAAUACUGAAAACAUAUUUCACAUUUAGGGCAACAAGAGAUUAGAGUGCUUUAACAAACCAAAAUUAAACUGUACAACUACUGUACCGGUAUUUAUUCGAUUAAGUGCCCAAGUACCUCAAAUUAGCACCCACCUCGAAUAACUGCCCAUCCUGUUGGGAGGAAAAUUUAAUAAGCGCCCAGCCUUGAAUAGGCGCCCACCCCCACCCACAACCCUCCCUACCCCCCACAACAACAACAAUAAAACCUAAAGUGGACAAGAAGAGUUGGUUGUUGUUUCUUUACUGCCCUAUCUGCUUCUCCUCGUAUGACCCAUUUGUAGAUGUAAUGCUGUGAGACAUCUACGAGGCAACACCAGAUGGUUCACUUAAUGGUCUUUCUCACAAUGAGAUAGAAAUUGACAAGGGACAGUGCUACUAAGAGAUUUCCUGGAGGACCGAGUUUGGUAGUAUUUUUAUUUAAAGAAAAAAGCUUUCAAUGAACAGUUAAAAUUCUGCUCUGACACAUCUUCACUUUUGUUAUUGUUCACUGCUUUGUUGCCCAGAAUAAUGGAAAUUUAAAAGCACCCAGGCUUGAAAAAGUGCCCACCUAAAAUAAGCGCCCACUCUCAAGGCCCAAAAGUUUAAUAAGUGCCCAGGGCGCCUAAUCAGAUAAUUAAUACUAUAAUCAUAUUCUAUUGUUUGUGUUUCCCUUUUUGAAAAACACUUGUCUUUCAACUUACCUUUGGGAAAUUUGUUUACUUCAAGGUCCCAUGGGCUGGAUCCAGCGUCAGAUGACUCUUGGUAUUAAUCCUGAAGAUAUUUUGGCUUAUAUGCUACCCCAUACCCAGCUGGUAAGACAGGAUUAGUAGAUUACUAAUGCUGUAUAUGUAAUAUGCAGUUUGACCCAUUCGCCCCCGAACUGCCCGUAACUGCCUGUGCGGAUCCACGUCCCUUCUUUUGUUGUGACAUCAUCAGUUUUAAUGGUCAAGGACAACUAUGUCCACUAACUUGUGCAGAGUGAAGAGAUCUUUCAAACUGUACCAGAAUGAACACAAUUCAGUCGAGGAUAGUGGAGAAAAAGGUAGAAAAUCUUGUAACAUUGACCUGAAAACUUUCAUGAAAAUCUUUUUCCACUAGUCAUCUACCUUUCCUUUCAUCUAAUCCUAAGAUCCUAAAAGCUUUCCCAAAAACUUUUCCCACCAAAAUGAAGUCUGUUUAAAAAUGCCCAGCAAAAGAAAAAAAAUGAGGCAAGAAAAAGCGAGAAAAGAGAGUAGGAGAGAAAGCUAAAAGUAAAAGUCAAGACUGCUGUGUUGCUUGUAAACCCAAAAAAUAUGUCAUAAUUUUGCUUUCUGCACAUGCCCGAACUUCCCAAGCUAAUAUUAAUUUGCAUCUGGAUCAGAAGGCCGUGUAGUGUAUGACCUUGAAAUGGCUUUCUGGUGAGUUUGAGCUCUUUAUAGUAUGGCAGUGACCAGAAAACCACUCAAAUAUCUUCAAAACGCAUUUUUGGCAAAAUUUCCACGGGCGAAUGGGUUAGAUACAUUUAAUUAUAGCUGUAUAAGCAUUUUGUGUUUUGAUAAUAUUUUUUAUAAAAAAUUGAAAAAUUAUAAUGAUUUUUAAUUUUUCAAAUUCAAUAAUAUUGAACCUGCUAUAAUAUUGGCACUGUUAUGGUUUUCUCCCAACUCAAGCAUGUAUUCCAGUUAAUUGGACAAGAAUUUAUUAUGUUCCAUGGAACAUAACUCCUUGACUUUUAAUGGUGAACAAACUUACUUCCACUCAAUCAGCUCAGGCAUCUUGAAACCAAUGAAAAUAUCAACAAAAUUUGUUUUCACAGUCAUGACAAAAAGAACUAUUUUAUAAUUUGUUUUAAUUCUCCGAGGUGAGCAUCAGUGAGUAUCGAGUAAACAAAAUGGACUGUUUCCCUUCUGUCAGUAAGAUCUUAUUGACUGUUGAGGUAUCCUGACAACAUCUUGUAUUUUGUUGUCUGUUAAAAAGUUAAGUAAAUUAAAUUAAGCUUUUACGUUAAGCGACCUAAAAUUUCAAGCCUAGUUAAGUUUACAUGUAGUUGCCUACAUUAUUUGGUUUUUAUUCAUUUGCAUAGUAUUUUACAAGUGGAUGCAGUAGAAAAAAUAUAAACUUGGUGUAAACAAGUAUGUCAUUCAUAUUUAUUUAAUUUGGUACCCAAGUUUAAAUUGCUUUGCAGCCUCCUGCCUUGGACAAGGGAACCUUGUGGAAAGUCAUCAUUGAUAUCCUUACAGAGCCCACCCCAAGACAAAAACUGGACCACAUCAACUUCCUGGAUGAUGUUGUGGAGCUUCUUCGAGGAUCAAAGAACGUUAUUGUUCUCACAGGGGCUGGGGUAUGUUAUCUGAGAUUUGUCUUCAUUAACAAACCUUGUUGGAAUGAAUGUGCACAAAGUGCACAUGAUAAAUAAUAUAACUUUACGUUUUUCUAGUAGAUCAAUAUAAUACAGUGAAAGCUCUAUUAGGCGGACCCCCAAUUAAGUGGACACCCUCUUUUAAGCGGACACUAAGCCGCGUCCCAAAAUUAACGUCUCAUAUUUCCCUUUAUACCGAACCUCUUUUCAGCAGACACCUCUAUUAAGCGGACGCGGACACUAAAAUAAGUUGUAUUUGGCUAAUUUCUAUUGUUAAAAACCUCUAUUAAGUGGACACCGGACUGAAUUGACAAUAGUAGUAUUGGAUUACAUCCUUGAAAUACGGACUGAAGUCAGUUAAAAUGUUUUUGCAUUUACAAACAAAUUAAAGUUGUAAUGAAAGGUAAUGAACUUGAACUCUGGAUAGCUUCUUUAACAACGUGCAACUUUAUCACAGUACAGAGUAACCAUUGAAUGUUGAUCGUUAACAAACAUUGUGAAAUUUUUACAACCUCUAUUAAGCGGACAUUUCGGAAGGUCCUGAAGGUGUCCGCUUAAUAGAGGUUUCACUGUAAUUCCUAUUUUAGGGACAUGAAAUUAUUUAAAUCAGGAUGUCUGCUCUUUAUGGCUUCAUUUAUAAUAAUUAAAUUUGUUUACCCACAAGCACUUAGGAGUUCUUGAGAACUAUUUUGCUUGUGUCUGUGUGUUCCAGAUCGAAUUGGAAUUUGAAAAAAACCUUUGGAGCAAGGGAAAGAACCAACAACAAACUCAAACCAUAAAUGGCCUCGACGCCAGGAUUUGAACCGGUCAAGGUGGUGGGAGGCGAGUGCUCUCACCAUGGUGCCACCCUUGCUCCUCCAUCUACAUGUACAAAACAAAUUUCCAACAAAAACUAAUACCACAAAUUUCUGUGUUCCUAUUUUAGGUAUCUGUGUCUUGUGGUAUCCCUGAUUUUAGAUCUCGAGAUGGAAUUUAUGCUAAGCUAAGUGUUGAGUACCCAGAUCUUCCAGACCCUCAAGCUAUGUUUGACAUUGAGUACUUCUAUCAGAAUCCAAGACCAUUCUUUAAGUUUGCUAAGGUAAAGAAAUUCUUUGAUGUUAGUGAAAAAUACAUGUACAUGUUGUAUAUAUAAUAAUGCCAACUCCUGAAGUAUCCUGGAUACCAUUCACAUCUCCUGGUUUCCUGUAUGAGUCACCAUACAGCGUACACCACCAUGAGUGUACUUUGGACUACAGCCCAUUUUCGCGAAAAUUUUAAACUUUUUUGAUCAUAGUAUGCUCUCUGUGGCAACAUUUGCUCCCAUUACGUCACUGACAAGUUCAUUUUUUGUAAGGUGGCAGGGCUUGAUGUUUGGGGCUACUGAAAAAGAGACACUAUCAGAGAUUUAUAUUUUAGAUUUCCAUGCGUUGGCAUCUCGGUGAAUUUUAGUUGUUAAAUUUCUUAGAGUUUGGCCGGUAAUGUUUAUCAUGACUGUUGUUUUUAUAAUAGGAAAUCUAUCCUGGACAGUUUGCUCCCUCACUGGGUCAUCGAUUCAUAAAGCAGCUGGAAUCAAAUGGUCAGCUUUUGAAGAACUAUUCACAGAAUAUUGACACACUGGAACAAAUAGCAGGCAUAGCAAGAGUAAUCCAAUGUCAUGGUUAGUUUUAGAUAUAAAAUAUAGAAGUAAAGAUGUAUUACAAACAAUGUUUAGUGUAUCACUGAAAUACAUGUACAGUCGAACCUCCAUGUGCGACCACCUCUUGUAAACGACCACCUCCCAUAAGUUACCACCAAUCCAAAACGGCAAAAUUUUCUCAGUCAAAGCCUUACAUUUGGAACCUCUUGUAAACGACCACCUCCUGUAAGCGACUGCGACCACUUUUUGGGCCUGAUGGUUUAUGAUUUUCCAUUGUUUUUAACCUCUUGUAAGCGACCACUUUAUACAUUCUCUGAUCUCUAUUAAACUACGUUACUUAGAAUGAUUAUAUGAAAUACUUUAGUGACAACAUGGAACUACACAUAUCCUAACUUAAAAAUUGAAUGCAAUAAAUUAUCUUCCAUAAAGUAAAUGUGCCUGGACCUCUUCUUGGAAGAGACCUCCUGGGGUUCGAUUCUUGUAAACAACCACCUCCUGUAAGCAACUACUCAGUCUUUGCAUUUUGGGUGGUGGCUUACGGUUACAGGAGGUUCAUGUCCUGUAAUUGUAAUCAGGCUGGAACUUUUGAGAACACUAGAAAAGUGUCUCUUCAGUGAUCUCUUUUCAAAACUGUGUUUUAUUUUUCCUUCUUAGGGUCUUUUUCUACAGCAUCCUGUACAAACUGUAAACACCAAGUGUCUUGUGAAGUCAUAAGGGAAGAAAUUUUCCAACAGGUUUGUACACUUUUAAGAGUUCACCAACUUAAGCACUGGGGAUGUUGAAAAAAAUAUAUACAUAACCCUAAAAAGAUAGCCUGUUAUAGCAAUCUCUCUGGUGCACUCUGGCAGUGGGGCAAAAAUGAAAGAGAGCUGGCAGACACAUCUCAGAAAUUUGAAUUCUGUCUCCAGUGGCUCCCCUGUGGCUCCCCAUCAUCUGAGCUGUCAGAUUUUGGUCAAUCAGCUUGGCGUGGAAAUGAGUGUCAACUGUAAACAAGCAAAUUUUCCACAAGCAAACAGAGUUCUGAAAGUAUGGCUGCUGAAAAAUAAUAUUGGGGAUUACUAGAAAAUCAUCAAGUUCUCGGUUCUGUAGUCAGGUUGUUGAGGGUACCAGAUCAAGAGAACAACACUGAAAAAGUGGCAAACCGCCUCUAACACCUGCAUUAGACAAGAUAUUUUGCAUGCAUUGUGGCCUAACUUGAACUGAAAUCAUUUCCCCCCUGUUUUGAAAUGAUAACUUUGACCUAUUAUAAAUACUAAUUCUCCAUCUCAUUAUGUCAGUCUUCCAGUCCUAAACUACUAGAGUUUGUUCAAUAUUUUCAGGUCAUUCCACUUUGCCCAAAAUGCCCACAAGAUGGGAGCUGUUUUGCCAUUAUGAAACCUGGUAAAUCCUGAUAUUUUAUUUAUCAUUUUUGUUUGCAUAGAGCAGUUGUUGACCAACCUUACUAUACAAUAUGAGUGCCCAGUUUAGGGUAGUGGUGUUUAAGGGUGAGAUCACAGGGAUCAUUGCUUAAAAAUCCAAGUUACCUGUUCUUUCAAAAGUGAAGACUUAAAUCCAUGACCUAUAUAAAUGUUGAUGAUAUCAAGAAAUUAUUUUAAGCCAAAUUAAGAGAGGAAAUUCAUAUUCCUUAAAUCAUGACUUCCUUGAAUGGUAACAACUACAAAAUACAGGGCCAUGGGUCUUAAACAGUAGUGGCUCAGUGGCUCGCUAGUCGAGACAAGUGUUUAAAAAACAAAAAAGAUAUAGGACUUAUAUGUAUAGGGCUGAAUUUUAAAAAAAGAUGUAAAAGUAUAAAAUUUUAAGAGCAAGUAAAUUAAGUAUAUGUUUUCGUGGCUUGGUGGCUCAAUAUUGCCCGCAGUCGGGGCCAACUUCUUAAAGAUCGAGAAAGGUAUAUAUUUUAGUGGCUCAGUGGCUCAGUGGCUCUUCAGUUGAGGUUGUAGUUUAGUGGCUCGACAGCUUGGUGACUCGUUUGUAGGGACUAUCGAGCUGCUGAGCCUCCGUGAUGAAUAUACCCAGAAACUUUGCCCUGCGUUCUGUAGUUAAGCCUUUAAGGAGCAAUUACAGAAUACAACAUAUCAAUUGUGUAGAUCUUUUAAGCACUACUCAGCUUGUGAAAGAUUAGAUAAGGUAGGGAAGUUAUUUACUACAGUAAAAGGAAGUGCUCAGCAGGAUCCUCUCAGUAUUUUGACAUUUGUUUCAGUUUAUUCCUUACAAUUAAACUUCACAUACAUUUCAAGCCAGUUUUAAGAUAAUUGGCUUCUGACACACCCCGAAAAAGAGAAUAUAACUGUUAACCGUAUGUUGUAAAUUACUAGUGCAGUGGACUACCCAUAAAAUGACUUCCUUAUGUGAGUACUUACUCUUCUAAGGCGUUUACAUUAAAUGAUUGUACAGCAUGUAAAAGAGCUAUAGUCGUUCUUGAAAAUUUGAUUUCUGUUUUAUGUAACCUGGUGAAUCUUUAUUAUGACAGAUAUUGUUUUCUUUGGUGAAAGUCUUCCUCCAGAGUUUUAUCAUAACCUAGAAGCAGAUUCUGACAAGGUACGUGAAUGAAAUGUUAUUACUUAAUGGUGCAUAACUUACUGUACUGAAAUGCUUUCUGAAAGCUUAAUAGACUUCUUUUUUCUUGAUAAAUUUAUGUGAAAGAUGCUAGAGUAGACAAUGCAAAACACUAGACUGAAAACCUACGCUCAUGGAAAAGCUGCACGCAACAACUUAAGAGUGAAAGAUUUUUAAUAAAAAAAAAAUCGAAAUUCAUACCUAAAAAUGUUGUAGUUCAAAUAAUGUCUUAUUUUCCUUUUGCUUUCUACUCAUAGUCAUUCAUUACCUGGUUAACUCUGACAUAGAGUUUACUGUAAAUAGAGCAGUCAAGUUGAUCUUGGUAACUACAUGUAGGCCAUGACAUUGCUCUUGUUGUUCUUUAAACAGAUGGUUACUGAACUCUUGCUCCUGACUAGUCUUUGCAUAUUGGUGAAUUCAAGGAGACUAGGGUGAAUUGGGAAAGGGGGAUCUUCUAUAAACAACAAAUAAUCACUUUAUCGCAUGUAACAGGCAUUGUACCUUAGAUAUAACCAAACACAUCACUUUCCUGUUUGUUUAGGCUGAUUUACUGAUAGUCAUUGGAUCUUCCUUGAAAGUCAGACCUGUUGCUUUGAUACCUAGUAUGUAUGCAAUUAAAAUGUCGUUUUUACCGUUCAACAAGUCAGUUGUAUUCUAGUAAAUUGUGAGUUAGCACACUGCUUGCUUAAUGCCAUGUAUUUUCUACAUGUCACGUGGCAUUUUAUUAACCUUACAUUACUAGGGCCUAAUUAAACCAUAUUAAAAAGUGAAAAUCUCAAGAAUGGCAGAUCUAGUACCCCCUGACCAGUCCAUUUUGUUUUGUUUACUGAUGGUUUUAUUGAAUGACUUCUUGGCCACGCUUGUAAAUAGCCAACUGGUUGCCUUCUGCCAGUUGGGGUUUUUAAUCCUGUUAUGUUGUAUUUGAAUUAUUUGUUUCUAAAUAUUUGAGUGGAGUGCCUGUAAAUUAGCUGGACAAGCUAAGUGCAAUUUCCACUAUAAACAUGCCUUUAACCUUUAACCUUUUUUUUUUUUAAGCCCAUCCAUGUAUAAGCCCCUCCAAAUAUAAGCCCCCCAAACUCGUAAUUCAAAAACCCUCCGUUAAAUCACCCGUCCAAAUAUAAGGCCCCCCCCCCCCCCCGGGGGGGCUUGUACUUGGAAAUUGCCCUCAAAUACAAAGUAAAACAAAGCAAAAACGGUAAAUUUACUUCCAACUAUGAGGCUAGCCCAAUCAAUUUUGAAAUGCAAAUUUCCCUCCGUAGAUAAGCCCCUCCAAAAAUAAGCCCCUCAAAAAGGGCCUUUGAAAACUAUAAGCCCAGGGGCUUAUUUUCGGAAUUUUACGGUUUGCAAUAAUAUUAUUAGGCGGGGCAUUGAACAGCUAGGAAGUUCUUUGGGUCUCAUUUCCCUUUUGUUUUCUAUGAAUUAAAAAAAGCUGGUGGACAUAUUGAAUGCAACACAGCAGACUAACCUUCAGCACCUGGUAAUAGUCCAGUUUCGAAUUAAAAAUUACCGCUGAAUAUAAACAUUAAGGGCACAUUCAUACAGGGUUAGGCUCGACUUAAAGUAAAAUAUUCAGAAAUUCGGGCAAGUAAGUGUUUGAAAUUUGAAUAUACACAAUAGACAGGCUAAUAAACAGGUCUUUUUCUCGUUGGAAUUUGUGAAUAUAUUACUUCAGAUUGAAGCUAAGGCUGUAAAAAAUGCGUCUUCACUUCUUUAAUUCAGCAGUCAUAACGAACUCGAAAAUGGACUAUAGGCCAUAUCCGAGUUCCCCCGGGCCUCUGUUUCAAAACGACGGUAGGUGCUUAGCCUUUGAUAUAGAAAUCAUUUUUCAUUCUCAUGCAAAUAAAACUCAUUUUCACAAGAAAGGUUGUGCACCUAGCCUCAUUUUGAAAGGGAGGGUUUUUGGAACUCGGAAAUGGCCUAUUACCUGGACCUUAGAGAACUGGGCCCCAAUGCCCUCAUUAGUAACAGCAUCACUUUGCCUACUGUUAAGACUACCUUGGCAUAUAUUAACAGGAACCUUUUUUUGGUUCACCACAGGUCACCUACCUCCAGAGGUGCCUCAGAUUCUUAUCAACAGGGAACCUCUCAGGCAUAUGACAUUUGAUGUUGAGUUGCUAGGUGACUGUGACGUCAUCAUUACUGAGUUGUGCCAAAGGUUAGAUGGAGCAUGGAAUAAUCUACUGGAAGGAGUUGAAAUUCCUGACGUGGAGACAAGGCCUUUGUCGCGUAACGAAGAAAACACGACGGGAGAGAUGUAUCAAGGGGUUAAUUUUGAAGAAAUACAACGCAGUGAACAGGUACAUGCUGAGUACGACCGAACUUACGUAGGCUAUUUGAAAGUUCACAGCAUCUUGAAUUUGAGAUCUACAGUGUACAGCAAGUGCGUAAAAAUCUUGUAAUACUGACUGUGAGGUCAUAAUGCACCCUUUUCCUUUUCAGACGACUGCAGGUGGAACGAACAAUGAGAAGAGUCCAUCAAGCAACGUGAAGCAGAGGAGUGAAGAUGUCACACCAAACACCACGGAUAAUCACGUGACUGUGGGUGAGAGCAGUGGGUAUGAAGAGACUAGGGACGACUCGUACCGGGACCAGCCGAGAGCCUCGGCCAGUGAUCACGGAAAAGAGUGUUCAUUCGACAACAGCAUACCGCAUGAAGAAGGUAUGAUCAAGCUGCUGACAUGUUGGUAAAUUUGCAAAUUUAGUAGUGUCAUAUCCCAUAAAAAAAUAUUUUGCAUUGAAGAGUAAUUUGAAUUACUCUGACUCGUGAUGGGAUAAAUUCUCCCAAGUUUCUCUCAACCUGUCAAAAGUAAAACAGAGAUAAUUAUUAUACGCGUGUAUGAUUUUUUUCUGUGUUUUUCUGGUUACAUUCGUGUCAUCUUUAUUGUAGUCUUAAUUCUUGCCCUUCAGUGUCAGGAAUAAAUAUAUCAGUCAUCAGUCAUAUCAGUCAUCAUCGUCGAUAUAAAAUUCUUGCAGACUAUCUGCAUUAGAUCUGCCGCAAUAGAUCUUUUUCAAUGCAAGUUCAUAUACUUGUCAAUAAAGUGAAAUUAGAGAAGAGCAGUUUUCCAGUGUAACAUAGUGUGGUUAUAGACCUAAUUGGUAGAUGUUUUAACGCUAACGGAAAAUUCUUUCGUUGUAAAGAAGGAAAAAAACAGUGGAAAAAGACACCGAAUACUUAAUGAAGAACUUACUUUUCUUGUCGAUUCUAGGUUCACCUCGAUUUCUCUUCAUUCCUCCAAGCCGUUACAUUUUUUACGGAGCGGAAGUCAUGGAUUCUCCCCUCCCCUCCCCUUCACGACACAUACCAGGCUACCUGGACAGCACCAGCGAGGAGAGCGAUAGUGACAGUGUGGGUGAGAUAGACGACAGUGAAGCUUCCCGUGUCCAGCUUGGUGAUAUAACAGGGGAUCAGGCGGGGAACGACUGUAGUAACCUAGACGGGUGUAAGCCAUCGACCAAUCAAGUUACAGCAAACAGUAGUGAAGGUGAAAGUAACAGCGAUGACGGCUUUGGUGAAGGUGAGGCAGAUGUUGAAAAAGUACUGGAGCCCAUUGUCAAUAACGAGGACACUCGGCAGGCGUUGUCUCUCAUCCUUGGUGGGCUGAGCAGUUAUACGUGUGAAAGUGAAGAAAAUAGUCGAGUCUCGAGUUCUGAUGAUCCACUUACUGUGGGCUCAAGUGUGGCCAGCGACUCUAACUGUUUGUUAGGCGCUUCGGAGGCACUACUGGCAAAUCGUCCUUUCAGUGCAGUUACCAUGGAUACAUUGGUAACCAUGCCAAGUCAUAUGGAGGAUAAGAAUUUAGAUCAGACUGAAGAUGCAUCUCCAAAGAAAGGUGAAGAAAAUGUGUCCGUUAACGUUAACCGCGAGGUCUCUAACGAAGCCUGGACUGAAAUAAGUUCGGACUUUUUGCAAUCCUGAUAUUAUAUCAAGCUUUAUUUAUUCCACAAAACUUUCUCCUGCACUGUUAUUUAACAUUUUUCAUUAACCAUUAUAGAUCGAUUUUUUAGUUGGCUUUACGAGUGUUGUGUGACCGCCGUUUCAUGGGCUACUAAGUCUUAAAGGGGUAAUACUCUUCGCUGAACCCCGACUGUAACAGAGCGGUCAAAUGGCAACUCUGCACAUCUUGAUCCGCUCUUUCGAACAAAAUUAGGAUAUACAUUAUAUUCUAGAUACAAAGGGGCCAGUCUGGCCAGCUAAUCCUUUCAAAUGAUGAAAACCUUAGCUGGUCAUUAAUGAGAGCAGAGUUUAGCCGGUAUUUAACAAACUAGCGUUCUACGCUAUUUUCAUUGAAUAAAAAAUAACUAAUCUCUUUUCAAUACCGACUCGACAUCACAGUUUUAUUUCUUUGACCCCCCUUGCAACGGACAAUGAGCGCUAUUUACUAUAGGACAUUUACAUACAAUUGAAAAUUUACAUCGGUGUUUGUCAAUUGUUUUGUCUUGUUGGUUGGAUUCACGCCGUAAAUAGGGACAAUAACGACCUUACGAAACUACGACGGCGACGGCAACGGGAACGUCUAAAAAAGCAUUAGAAUUUGAGCAAAACAAUUCUGCACGUGCAUCGCGUUUUUUUGUACAUUUCUUUACUGUCCCUACACAACUAUGACGUGAAAUGACAAAAUUUUAGUUUUACUUGAGAACGGGAACGGCAAUGCGAUAAAUUCUACCAUGUCUUUCUGAACUCGGGCACGGUCCCCUCUCUUCAGCUCCAACCCAAGUUCCCUCAUUUUAAGUAGCAGGAUAAUCUGGGAUAAUUGCGAAAAAGUUUGAAAGGAAGCGAAGUCUAUUUUUCAACGACGUUUUUAUGGACGUCACCGUUGUCGAAUCGUAAAGUCCUAGUUAGGGACACUAAGGUGUUUGCAUUAGGGGAGUUCCUUGACUGUGAAGCAAGUUAAGAAGGCAUAUAGUACUGGCUGUAAAUGUACGUAAUAUAAUUUCUUUGUAUCCGGAGGUCCUUUUGUUGCUUCAAACCGCGGUCUAAGUUAGACUUAUUUGAAUAACCGGCGCCCUUCUUCAAACUGGGAACUUUGGACACUUCUUAUCUAUAAUGUUAUAGUGGGUCCGUUUAUGUACAAAAGUAUGUAAACAACAGUGUACAGUAUUUAUAUAUCUUAUUCCGAGAUUGCUAUACCAACCUGUCUGAACAGUCAACGCUAACAAUGUAAAUAAUAAAUAAAGUUCAAGGUGGCUGUUACAGCGUUUCUGGAAAUCAAAAGCGCGGCAACAACAAUAAAGUCACGUG